AUGAAAAUCUCAAUCCAAGACCUCCUCAUCCUCCUCCUCUUCCCCCUUCUCUUAUCUGCUCAUGAAGAAUCCAAAAACCAAAAAGAGUUUACAGUUGUAGAAGGCAUGGUGUAUUGCCAAAGCUGCGAGCAUACUGGUUCUUGGUCGCUUGAAGGUGCAAAGCCCCUUGCUUCAGCGAAGGUUGGAAUUGCAUGCAAGGAUCAUAAGAAGAGAGUUUGGUUCUACAAAGCCAUUCAAACUGAUAACACUGGAUAUUACUACGCUCCAAUUCAAGGAAUGGAGGGAACAGAAGGUGUUAAGAAGAAGGAGAUUAGUGGUUGUAGUAUUCACCUGCUGGCUUCACCUGACAGCACUUGUAAUUUGCUUACUAAUAUCAAUUUAGGGAUAGCAGGAGCUGGAGUUAGGGAGGGGAAGAAGGUGAUGAAGGAGAAGGGAUAUGAAGUGGUGGUAUAUGCUGCUCCGCCACUGGCUUUUAAGCAGGUUAACUGUGUUCCUGCUGAUCAUUAG